AUGCCCAAAAAGCACGAACUUACUGAAUUUGAAAGAGGAGAGAUUAUUGCUCUAUGGAAAGGAGGUCAUAGUGAACGAAACAUUAGUGAAAUACUUGACUUCCCAAAAACAACUAUCCAUGACACUAUAAUGGACUACAAAAAUUCAGAAAAAAUUUCAGCUGCUUCACGUUCAGGUAGGCCACCAAAACUUGCAGAAAGAGAUAUAAGGCGUAUUGUAUGA